AGCCUGAUUGUGGCUGUUUGCAGAGAGGCACAGAGCAUCUUCCAGCCAGUGCUGGUGUUCACCUCCAACUGCAGCCUUCUCCCUGACAAGUGCAUCUGAGGCCAAGUGACUCCAAGAGCGAUGCUCUCGGCGUGGGGAGCAUGUGAGAGGCACUGGGAGAGGCAGGGAAAUGUUUACGCUGGGAGGGGACUGUUUACAAGCGCAGUUCAAACAGCUGACGUUAGCCAGAGGGCCAGGGCCCUGCAGUGUUUUGCUGUUGCUCUUCUCCUGAGGGUCAGGCAUAAGGAAGAGAUCAAAUGGGGCUGGCAGGGCCAUCCUUGGACCGUGCAGAGGAUCUAACAGCUGCAGUCAGGAGAGGUGGUGAGAGGACAUGGCUGACAAGAGCAGCACCCUGAAGUGCACGUUCUCUGCUCCUGGCCACAGCACCACGCUGCUGCAGGGACUGGCCUCGCUCCGAGCCCAGGCUCAGCUGCUUGAUGUCAUCCUCACUAUAAAUAAUGAAGUGUUUCAGGUUCAUAAAGUUGUCUUGGCUGCCUGCAGUGACUAUUUCAGGGCGAUGUUCACGGGCGGGAUGCGAGAGGCCAGCCAGGAGGUGAUCGAGCUGAAGGGAGUCUCUGCCAAGGGGCUGAAGCACAUCAUCGACUUCGCCUACAGCGCCGAGGUGACCCUGGACCUCGACUGCAUCCAGGACGUGCUGGGGGCUGCUGUCUUCCUGCAGAUGGUGCCCGUGGUGGAGCUCUGCGAGGAGUUCCUCAAGUCGGCCAUGAGCGUGGAGACGUGCCUCAACAUCGGGCAGAUGGCCACCACCUUCAGCCUGGCCUCCCUCAAGGAGUCCGUGGAUGCCUUCACCUUCAGGCACUUCCUGCAGAUCUCGGAGGAGGAGGACUUCCUGCAGCUGCCCCUGGAGCGCCUGGUGUUCUUCCUGCAGAGCAACAAGCUGAAGAGCUGCAGGGAGAUCGACCUCUUCCGCGCCGCCGUGCGCUGGCUGCAGCACGACCCCGGGCGCCGCGCCAGCGCCAGCCAGGUGCUGUGCCACAUCCGCUUCCCCCUGAUGAAGUCCUCGGAGCUGGUGGACAGCGUCCAGACCCUGGACAUCAUGGUGGAGGACGUCUUGUGCCGGCAGUACCUGCUGGAAGCCUUCAACUACCAGAUCCUGCCCUUCCGGCAGCACGAGAUGCAGUCCCCGCGCACGGCCAUCCGCUCGGACGUGCUGUCCCUGGUCACCUUCGGCGGCACCCCCUACACGGACAACGACCGCACCGUCAGCGCCAAGGCCUUCUGCCUGCCCCACGCCGGCGCGCGCCAGUUCCGCGACCUGACGCAGAUGGAGGUGGGCAGCAGCCACUCCUGCGUGGCCGUGCUGGACAACUUCGUCUACGUGGUGGGCGGGCAGCAGCUGCAGUACCGCAGCGGCGAGGGGGCCGUGGACGUCUGCUACCGCUACGACCCCCACCUCAACCAGUGGCUGCGCAUCCAGGCCAUGCAGGAGAGCAGGAUCCAGUUCCAGCUCAACGUGCUGCGCGGCAUGGUCUACGCCACGGGGGGCAGGAACCGCUCGGGCAGCCUGGCCUCGGUGGAGAAGUACUGCCCCAAGGACAACGAGUGGAGCUACGUCUGCUCCCUGAAGCGCAGGACCUGGGGGCACGCCGGCGCCACCGCGGGGGACAGGCUCUACAUCUCGGGCGGCUACGGCAUCUCGGUGGAGGACAAGAAGGCUCUGCACUGCUACGACCCCGGCACGGACCAGUGGGAGUUCAAGACCCCCAUGAACGAGCCCAGGGUGCUGCACGCCAUGGUGAGCGCCAACAGCCGGAUCUACGCCCUGGGGGGCCGCAUGGACCACGUGGAUCGCUGCUUCGACGUGCUGGCCGUGGAGUACUACCUGCCCGAGACGGACCAGUGGACCACGGUGAGCCCCAUGCGGGCAGGGCAGUCGGAGGCCGGCUGCUGUCUGCUGGAGAAAAAGAUUUACAUCGUGGGGGGCUACAACUGGCACCUGAACAACGUCACCAGCAUCGUGCAGGUGUACAACACGGAGACCGACGAGUGGGAGCGGGACCUGCACUUCCCGGAGUCCUUCGCCGGCAUCGCCUGCGCCCCUCUCAUCCUGCCCCAGGUACCCGCCCAGAGGUGACCGGGCACCGCCUGCUGCCGCGCCUGCCCGGGCUGCCCUCCUUCCCCUCCGUGGUUUGCAGCCGGCCC